AUGGUGAGAACCUUAACAGACAAUGCUACUUCAUAUGCAACAGUCAAACGCUGGGUAAAUGAAUUCCAGUGUGAUAGGGAGAGUGUAGAAGAUGAUCCCACACCAGGGAGGCCUCCAACUGCAACCAUUGAGGACAACAUUGACCUUGCUCUUGGUAUAAUAAUGCAAGAUCGUCAAAUAUCAUGUUGCCAGAUAGCUGAGAGACUGGACAUCUCAAAUGAAAAAGCAGACAACAUUGUGACAAAAGAACUUGGGUUCUCAAAGGUUUCCGCUAGGUGGGUCCCUUGCCUUUUGACUCCUGAACGGAAACGCACCAGGUGCAUUUUGUCCACGAGCAAACUGGAACUGUUUGAAGCCGAUGAAGAGAAUUUUCUUGCUCAUUUUAUUACUAUGGACAGCUGUAUAAAGACUUGCUAG